UGUACCGUGCGUUAUGAAAGAAUCUGAAGAGAUCAAUGGGAUUAAAAAUGAAUCUCAAAAGCAAAACGCUGAUCGUGAACAAUGGGCCAAUAAAACCGAGUAUAUAUUGUCAGCACUGGGUUACUGUAUCGGAAUCGGGAACGUUUGGAGGUUUCCAUAUCUGUGUUAUAGGAGUGGAGGAGGGGCAUUUUUGGUUCCCUACCUUAUAAUGUUAUUUUUCUGCGGAGUGCCAUUAUUUUUCAUGGAGAGCAGCUUGGGACAGUUUUCAAACACUGGAUGUAUAACCAUAUUUAGGAUAUCGCCUCUUUUCAAAGGAGCUGGGAUUGCAGUGGUGGUGGUAAAUCUUGUAGUAACAACUUAUUUUGUUACGUUAUACUCUUAUCCGCUGCUUUUUCUCUUUUACUCCUUCAAUUCGACAUUGCCUUGGACAGAGUGCAACAAUAGGUGGAACACAGAGGCGUGCGUUAAGCUUCAUGCCAGAAAUGAAGAUGAAUCUAUCGUAUCACCAAACAGUAGCGUCGUCAUUACAAUGCUGAAAACAUCCGCAGAUGAAUUUUUUAACAACGAGGUACUACACGUGUCCGAAUCGAUAGACGAAUUAGGAAGCGUGGUUUGGCCACUCUUCGGUUGCAAUUUACUAGGCUGGAUAGCAACAUACCUGUGUCUGAGUAGGGGGAUAAAAAGUGUGGGCAAAGCGGUGUAUUUUUCCGCGACUUUUCCAUUUGUAAUACUUUUCGUAUUGCUCGUCAGAGGAGUAACUUUACCUGGAGCGUGGGACGGAAUUUAUUUUUAUAUUUAUCCGCAGUGGGACCAAUUAACCAAUUUUAAGAUAUGGUGUGAUGCAGCCGUACAAAUAUUUUUUUCUCUGGGACCUGGAUGGGGUGGAAUAGUGAACAUGGCAAGUUACAAUAACUUUAACAACAACAAUAAAGCAGAUUCUAUCCUGAUUGCUCUCUGCAACAGCGGCACCAGCAUCUUUGCAGGAUUUGUAGUGUUCUCAAUAAUAGGAUUUAUGAGCCACCAGACUGGCCUUCCGCUGUCCUCUGUAGCAACCGGGGGUCCCGGUUUGGUAUACGUUACCUAUCCAGAAGCAAUCAGUAUGCUGCCAUGGCCUAACUUGUGGGCAAUCUUGUUUUUCCUAAUGUUGUUUUUUCUCGGAUUAGAUAGUGCCUUUGUGUCAAUAGAAGCAAUUGUGACCAGCAUCACCGAUGCAUAUCCAAAAUUAAGGGUGCACAAAAACAGAAUCAUUCUGCUGAGUUCUGCGGUAUUAUGGCUCUUUUCGACAAUAUAUACAACCAAUAGCGGAAUUUACUGGCUAACUAUUAUGGAUUAUUACUCGGCAUCAAUUUCCGUGGUGCUGAUUUGCUUCGUAGAAGUCAUCAUCGUUGGAUGGAUCUACGGAGUACGGAAUUUUGCUAGUGACAUCGAAUUUAUGAUAAACGAUAAAAUCUCUUGGUUUUGGAGAAUCUCUUGGAAAAUAACUGCACCGCUUAUUUUGGGUGUUAUGUUUGUAAUUCUCCUGCAAUACAACACUAGGGCGUCUUAUAAUGCCAGAGAAUUUCCGCAAUGGGCCAUCGAUAUCGGGUGGAUUUCCUGCCUAUCUUCGAUCGUAUGGAUACCGGCUUACAUGGGUUAUCAUUUGCUAUACAACGAGAGUGGCGAUUUAUUUGAUCGGAUAAAGGCGUCAGUCACUCCUCGUCACGACUGGGGCCCUGCUAAAGAGGAGGAUAGGAUAAGAUGGUAUUUGAAAGUAAAGCGGAAAAGCAUCGUCAAACAUCUGGAGGAACCCGCAGAUGCCGUCCAUCAAGAAUUCGUUCAACUCUGUACUCUAUAGUUUCUUUUUUUGCUGGCGGUUUUCUUGUGUUGUGUACUUUAAGCUAAGUAACGUUCGGUUUAUAGAGAAAUAGUAGUUUAUAAAGUUUUAUUUAGUUUAGUUUUAUUUUAG